CCUCCCGCCCUCUUGGUGACUCUGGCAGUCACCUGUACUCAUAUGUCCACUGGGGCCAAGCCCAGGCUUGGCUGUGAGUGCUCAGGUGCUGUGGGGGGGCCUCUCAGUGGUGCUGCAUUUCCCUCUGAGUCAGGACCAAACCCAAGCUCCUUCAUCAGGUGACUGUGAAGAGCUGCCACCAUGGUCUUCUCUCAAGGUGGCUGUGCUUCUGGUACGAAGUAUGUCAGCGAUGGGUGAACUCAGUUUUCAUCUACCCAGUUCUUCCUUUUUUCUUUCCCCCCUGGGAGAGUAUCCUCAACCUUGGAGCAGAAGAUCAAAAGCAAAGCAGGACAGCAUAUGUUCUAUCACUACAGUUUGUCGCAGCCAAAGCGCUGUUCAAUCCAAACUACCGGGCUGCCUACCUUGAAACCACUCAAGCAGCAUUCCCGCGCCUGGCCAUUUCCACAUGUCUCGGAGCUGAAGUUCGGUUGCAGUUUGCAGUCAAGAGAGUCUGGAGGCGUGUUUGCUCCUUCUUGAUCAGCUUUCAGCACAUCAUCAGUUAGCUUUUCAGUGUUAUGAUGUACUCAGCUGGUCCAGGAUCUGGUGACUCCCCAGAGGGCUUCACUGAACAACCAAGGCUCCAGCCACAAAUUGGAAAUCACACAGCUCAGACACUAGAUGCUUUCUUCACAUGUCGAAAAAAUGCCCUCCUGGCGAAGAGCUCGUCCCCCCAGGUAGAGGGCAACUUUGCCAUGGCUCCUCGGGGCCCUGACCAGGAAGAGUGUGAGGGCCUGCUGCAGCAGUGGCGAGAAGAAGGGUCAAACCAGGUGCUCUCAACUGCAAGUGAGGGUCCCCUUGCGGAUAAGGGACUUGCCCAGAGCAGCUUGGCACUUCUGAUGGAUAAUUCUGGAGAACAGGAUGCUGCUUCAGAGGAAAAGUGGUCCAGUAGGCAGCUGAGUGACCUGCGGGAAGCAGAGAACCUGGAUGAACCUUUCCCCGAGAUGCUAGGAGAGGAGCCACUGCCAGAGAUUGAGGGCCCCAUGUGGGCAGCUGUCCCCAUGCAGACGGCCCCCCAGUAUGCAGACUGUGCUGUUCUCCCAAUGGGUGCCCUGGCUGCAGAGCAAUGGGAAGAGGACCCCGCGGUGGUGGCCUGGAGCAUAGCACCUGAGCCUAUGCCCCAGGAAGAGGCUCCCCUCUGGCCCUUUGAGGGCCUGGGACAGUUGCAGCCUCCCCCAAUGGAAAUACCCUAUCAUGAAAUCUUAUGGCGAGAAUGGGAGGAUUUCUCCACCACCCAGCCAGAUGCUCAGGGCCUGGAGGCAGGGGAUGGCCCUCAAUUCCAGUUCACUCUGAUGUCUUAUAACAUCCUGGCUCAGGACCUGAUGCAGCAGAGCUCAGAGCUCUAUCUGCAUUGCCAUCCAGACAUCCUCAACUGGAACUAUCGCUUCGCGAACCUCAUGCAGGAAUUCCAGCACUGGGACCCUGAUAUCCUAUGCCUCCAGGAAGUCCAGGAAGAUCAUUACUGGGAGCAGCUGGAGCCCUCUCUGCGAAUGAUGGGCUUCACUUGUUUCUAUAAGAGGAGGACUGGGUGUAAAACGGAUGGUUGUGCUGUCUGCUACAAACCCACCAGAUUCCGUCUGCUCUGCGCCAGCCCUGUGGAGUACUUCCGGCCUGGCUUGGAGCUCCUCAAUCGGGACAACGUGGGCUUAGUGUUGCUGCUACAGCCACUAGUCCCAGAAGGCCUGGGGCAAGUCUCAGUGGCCCCCCUGUGUGUGGCAAAUACCCACGUCCUUUACAACCCACGCCGGGGUGAUGUCAAGCUGGCCCAGAUGGCCAUUCUCCUGGCAGAAGUGGACAAGGUGGCCAGAUUGUCAGAUGGCAGCCACUGCCCCAUCAUCUUGUGCGGGGACCUGAAUUCUGUCCCUGACUCACCUCUCUACAACUUCAUCAGGGACGGAGAGAUCCAGUACCAUGGGAUGCCAGCCUGGAAGGUAUCUGGACAGGAAGACUUCUCCCAUCAGCUUUACCAGAGGAAGCUGCAGGCCCCCCUGUGGCCCAGCUCCCUGGGCAUCACAGAUUGCUGUCAGUAUGUCACCUCCUGUCACCCCAAGAGAUCAGAGAGACGUAAAUAUGGCCGAGACUUCCUGUUACGUUUUCGCUUCUGCAACAUCGCUUGUCAGCGACCAGUGGGACUGGUUCUCAUGGAAGGAGUGACAGAUACUAAGCCAGAGCGACCUGCAGGUUGGGCCGAGUCUGUCCUUGAGGAAGAUGCAUCUGAGCUUGAGCCUGUCUUCCCCAGGACUACAGGUACCAUCCAGCACUGCCUCCACCUGACCUCAGUAUAUACGCACUUCCUGCCCCAGCAUGGCCGCCCAGAGGUCACCACGAUGCCCUUGGGUUUGGGAACGACGGUGGAUUACAUCUUCUUCUCAGCUGAGUCCUACGAGAAUGGGAACAGAACUGAUCAGAGGCUGUAUGGAGAUGGAACGCUGAAGCUCCUGGGCCGUCUCUCCCUCCUCUCUGAAGAGAUUCUUUGGGCUGCCAAUGGUUUACCCAACCCCUUCUGCUCUUCAGACCACCUCUGCCUGCUAGCCAGCUUUGGGAUGGAUGUCACCGCCCCAUGAUGGGGCUCCCAGGGGAAGAGAGCUUCUCUUCCAGAAGACCUCACUGGAUCAGAGACUGUGGAAAUAAUCCAUGCUUCUGGAAACUUAGAUCCAAGAAACUUACGUCCCCUCCCCUCCCCUUCCUUGUUCCCUUCUUCCCAUGGUUAGAUUUUCUCCAGGCCUGUCCACGUUCUCUGCCUGUGGUCCCUGCCCCGCCCCAACCUCUUCCUAAUCCUGUGCCACACACUCAGUGGCCCUGGGAGAGGCAGAAGGGGGGUUUCCCCUUCCUUCCAUGUAUCCAGCGCUCCCCCUUGAUUUUUAAUUACCAGGGUUGUGGGAGCUAUUGAUCUCAUUGGUUGUUUGCUUUCAGGCCGUUUCUUGGUGGUACCUUCUGACCCGACCUCCUCCCUGCCUUCAUGACCUCUGGGCCCAGCCCUCUUGCCAGCAGGCAUGCACAUGUGAGAUAUGUGUAGUGUACCUGUGUCCUCUUGGGGUGGGCCUGUUCUGCACAGCCAUGCCUGCCUCUGACCAGCCCACUUUCCACACUGGGGCUAUAGGCCUAGGGGCAGGUUCAAAGCAUGAGCCAGUGGCUUUGUGCUGCCAGGCAGCAGCAAGGCAUGGCCCUUCUCUCCUUUUAGCCUUUGUGUUCCAUUAGGCAUUAGUCCUGCCAAGCAGGGCAGGCUUGUCAUCGUAUGGGCUCUGGGAACAAAUGGGCCCCGCAGCUUGGGGCCAGCAGAUUUGGGGAUGUGCUACCUGCCCCAGAGGUAUCUUCCAACCCAGAGCUCUCCACAGACAUAGCAUGAUUUCUCUAGGGCUCAUCCCUUUCUCCAGACUGCCCUGAGGGAGGCAGAAGUUUGAACCCUGGUGUGGGGUUCAGUGGGCUGGGAUAGUGGUGUGAGGUUUAAAACUCUUUUAAGGAUGAUGGAAAAGAACCUUCAGGAAACUCUUGUCUCACUGGACUCUGUAGCACGCAGAACUGGGGCAAGGGUAGGAGUCCCAAUGGGGAAAGAGCAGAUAGGCUCUGUAGCUGCCUCAGCUGGGACUCAAGACCUAAGGGGCCGGUUCUCUUUCCUCUGCACACCUAGGAAGUAGUUUUCUGUUCCUCUCCUCCUACCAGUUUUUAGUUUGUGCUGCCUCCUGCCUCCCCCAUUCCUUUCUAUUUUCCUCUAGAAUUGCCUGGUAUUUAGCUCAGGCCAAACCAUCUCAGCAGAAUGGUGGCCUUGGGCAAAAGUGGUCUAAGAACUUGGGGUGGCAGUGUUUGAGGGUUUGCUCUGUCCAAGCAAGGCCUCAGCUGUUUGCCACCUCUGUUUCCCUCUCUUAACACAGGGGUACCCUAGCUUAUUCAGGGGGCUCCCUAGCCCAUACUGUGUCAUGUGCAUACCUUAAUCUUUCAUUGCUGGGCUGUGGCUUGGGGUAUUCCUGGGCCAUCCCCUUCCCACAUCUCCUUUAACUCAAGAGUAGCUGCUAGCCCUGGUAAAUUUGACCCAGACUUCCAUAAUGGGACUGAAGACGGUGGCCAAGAGGCUUAAGUUAGGGACAGUGAACCAGAGGUUAAUGUUCUUUCCUGUCUUUGAAAGCCAAAGACACAGCUCGAAUUCUGCUGCAUUCAUGGUUAUGAGCUUUCCAUGCCUAGGUUCUGGGGGAUUUAUUUUCUUUGUGUGUUUAUUUUUAAACUUUGUUUCCUGGGUAUUGGACAUGUGCCUGUCUGAGCCCCAGGCCUGCCUGUCCACACCCCACCAUUCACUUUGUCUCUUCCCUGGGCACCUCCUGAGAUGGUCUCAAGACAGUGCCCUAUUGGUUCCUAGGACUCGGGCCUGUCCCUGUUGUCUUCUGCUGGGAAAUGCAAGUUAAAAAUGGCUGAAGAUGGCAGAGGGCAGGAGCUUAACAGAUUAUCUUUUCCUUGUUUUCUUAUUUGUUUCUGUUUCAGAAAUGAAAUGGGGGAUUUAAAUGGCCAUUUAAACUCUCUUUUUCCAAAUAAAGGUUUACCUUUUUCCCCCC